UGUGCACAGGAGGUAGCAUGAGGCCAGGACCAUCGGGCUCUAAGUCAUGUGUGCGCACUCCAAGGAGACUCUGCAGCAAAGUUUGAUGAAGAAGUAAACCAUCUGUGAUUACCGACUUGUCAAAGCCAAUCACUGCUGAAGAAUGGAUGACGACGUGGAGUCAGUGGACAGCAGAGAUGAGAGUCCUCUGAGUCCGACCCAGCUGACAGGACUGGGGAUGAGCUGUCUCGUCGGCCAGAGGUAUCGGCACUGCGGGCCGGGUCUCACCAGUCCUCAGGAGUACAACCAGUGGCUUCCUUUCCGCCAUGACGCUAGCCUGCUGCCACUGAAAGAAGACCUGGCUCUUUGGCUCAACACCAUCAUGGGUGUGGACCUCACCGCUGACAAUCUAAUGGACAGACUGGACAAUGGCGUUCUUCUUUGUGAAAUGGCACAGUUCCUUCAGGACAAGAUGAGCCACAGCAGCAACGGCAAGCCCUUCACCAGAAGAGUGAUUCACUGGAGAGCUGAUGCAACUUCAGGAUCAUUUUUUGCCAGGGACAACGCAGCCAACUUCCUCUAUUGGUGCUGCAAGAUUGGUGUUGACAGGGCCCACCUUUUUGAAUCAGAGGAUUUGGUCCUCCACAAACAACCUCGGGAGGUGUGCCUGUGCUUGAUGGCGCUGGGACGGAUUGCUGCCAGGUACGGAGUGGAACCUCCAGGCCUAGUGAAGUUGGAGAGAGAGCUAGAGAGAGAAGAGGCAGGGCACACAUCUUCAUCGUCCCCACUACCCUUCCCCUUUUUCCCUUCCUCACGAUCAGCCACCACCCCUUCUCCACCAGCGCCCCUCACUUCAAGCAUAACCUGUCUCUGUGAAGACCAUGCCACCCCCAUCACCUCUGAUCUUCCAUCAGCCACUGCAGACCCAUUGCCCUCAUGUUUAUCCCCCCCACAGUCCUACAUCUCAGCCCCUAAACGGUGCACAACCACGGCUUCGACACAAACCUCACUUACUCAGAUAGCUAUGGCACCCACACCCCCUACAUCCUCCCGGCCGUCAAACCUGAGCCGGCACUCCAAAUACAGCAACCGAAAGAGCAAUGGCACGCGGAACAUUUUGGAUGACAGUGUGAGAAACAUUAUUGAAAAUCCACCCUGCAGCUGCCCAAACAGAUUUCCCAUUGAAAAGCAGCCAAAGGGCUGUUAUCGUGUUGGGGAAAAAGUUCUUUAUAUAAGAAUGCUGAAUGAGCGCCACGUUAUGGUCCGUGUGGGUGGAGGCUGGGAGACUUUUUUAAGCUACCUGCAGAAACACGACCCCUGCAGAGGAGGACCCGUGAGCAGAGCUGAGGUCAAAGCAAAGCCACUCACUUUAAACAUGUCACCCGACAGCUACAUGGUGGUGAACGCCCAUUACCGUGGCAAGAAGUAGACGCUGAUCCUCCAGACGUCAUCAAGCAAACUGCACAAGAAUAUUGGCACACAGGGGCGCUUCCAGCUUCAGUGGCACCCUGUGCGGGACGCCCCCUUCCAACUUCAGUCAAACUUUGUCAUGCUUAAACAAGUGUUUUUUUUUCUUUGCAGCUGAUAGCUUAGCAAAACAGCAUGAAAAAACAUCAACAUGAACCACAAGCUCACUCACGGUGCUAUCACCGCUUUUCAGCAUGCCUUGUGUUUGUGUUGAUCGCACCGUGAGUGAGAUAGUGGUACGAGUUGAUGACCUUCCAAUCUUUUGUGCACGACUAGCUGAUCGAAGUGCACAAAAGAACAGACGGUUAUCAACUCCAACCACAAUCUUGCUCACGGUGCGAUCAACACAAACACAAGGCAAGCUGGGAAGCCUCGAUCGCAUCAUCGGUGAGAUAGUGGGACAAGUUGAUGACCCUCAACUCUUUUGUGCACGACUAGCUCGCUCACGGUGCGAUCAACACAAACACAAGGCAUGUUGGGAAGCCUUGAUCGCACCGCGAGGGAACUAGUCAUGCUCAAAAGAACAGAUGGUCAUCAUUGUCACUUGUAUGACUAUCUCACUCACGGUGCGAGCAACACAAACACAAGGCCUGCUGGGAAGCCACAAAAGAACAGCGCGUCAUCAACUUGUACCACUACCUUUCUCACGGUGCGAUCAACACAAACACAAGGCAUGUUGGGAAGCCUUGAUCGCACCGCGAGGGAACUAGUCAUGCACAAAAGAACAGAUGGUCAUCAUUGUCACUUGUAUGACUGCCUUUCUCACGGUGUGAUCAAGGCGAUCUCACUCACAGUGCAAUCAACACAAACACAAGGCAUGUUGGGAAGCCUUGAUCGCACCGCGAGGGUACUAGUCAUGCACAAAAGAACAGAUGGUCAUCAUUGUCACUUGUAUGAUUACCUUUCUCACGGUGCGAUCAAGGCGAUCUCACUCACGCCGCGACCAAGGCUUCCCAGCAGGGCAUGUGUUUGUGUUGCUCGCAAUGUGAGUGGCAUAGUGGUACAAGUUAAUGACCCUCUGUUCUUUUGUGUGUGACUAUCUCACUCACGGUGCGAUCAUGCUUCCCCGCAUGCCUUGUGUUUGCAAUGAUCGACACGUGAGUGAGCUAGUGGUUCGAGCUGAUGACCCUUUGUUCUUUUGUGGUGUGUGGGUGAGUGUUUGCUAAGCUGCUUUUUGCAAACAUAAGAGCAUUUCUGCAUUUUCUGUGUGGAGGUUGCAUGUUCUCCCCGUGCGCACGUGGGUUUUCUCCGGGUACUCCGGUUUCCUCCCACAUUCCAAAAACAUGCAUGUUAGGUUAAUUAGUGACUCUAAAUUGUCCAUAGGUAUGAAUGUGAGUGUGAAUGGUUGUUUGUCUAUAUGUGCCCUGCCAUUGGCUGGCGACCAGUCCAGGGUGUACCCCGCCUGUCGCCCGAAGUCAGCUGGGAUAGGCUCCAGCAUACCCCCGCAACCCUAAUGAGGAUAAGCGGCAUAGAAAAUUGAUGGAUGGAUGGCAGAGCAUUUCCUUAAAAUAAGUUCUUCUCUGGCCAUUUCCUGUGCAACUCAAGUUCACCAAAAUGUUUUGAGACUUACAUUAGUUAGAGUAGAGGGCGGCUGGUAUCCCGCCUGUAGAGGACACCCACAUAUAAUAUUAGCAAAUGAGCGCUGAGCAAUAUAAAUAUGAAUCUUUUUCUUUUCUUCCCCCUAGAGCAGACAAUCUCAACUAGUGAGCCUGAACAAAUCCAUUUUGGGUGGAACAGCUGGUCAGGAAUUACAUUCAAGUAUUACAAAUACAUGAAUAAUAAAAAGUAAAUACAAAUAUUUAAAAAAUACAAAAUAAUAAAUACAACCAAUGUUUUAUUUUUAUGCAUAAUUAAGCAAUAUUUUAGUCAACUACCACCUCGGUACAUAUUCAUAGCACAGUCGCAAGUGAAAUAUCUGAUAUUGUGGUCUUAUUUAGUGCAAUAUUGAUAUUUCAUUUAAAUCCAUGCACUAUUUGUACACAUCUCGUCAAUAAAAUGCCUUCAUAAAUUUCUCUUAAAAAGCACUUUGAACAUGCAGUUAUGUGUAUUACUUUUUUAAAAAGAUGGCAUAGGUGAUUUUUUUUUUUUUUUUUUUUUAACUGUUGGAAAAUGUGGGUCCCACGUUGAGACCAUUUGAGAACCCCUGCACCUGAGAAUGCCUUGGGCAGCAAGCCAUGUGGCCCAUUGCUAAUUCGGAAAUAAAUGCAAUUCUCGUACAACAUAAUAGUGCCGGAAGAGAGUAAAUAUGGGCCGUCUGAAUUAUGCUGUUGUUGUAGGCUUAGUUUUAAGGGUUUAUGACAGAAAUUUGAUUUUGUUCAUACUGAAUGCAUUUAUUUGAAUUGUAUUUUACUGUGAGAAAUAACAACAAUAAUACAAUUAUUGACCUAUAUGCUACCUUCAGUCAGCUUAAGUCUCAAAAUGGGUUUUAUGUAUAGAAAUUAAACGCAAUUAAUGCUGAAUAUUAUGCAAAAAUAUGGCAUAUUAUGUAAUGCAUAGAGCAUUGGUGCAUAUUUCUUGUACUUGUUGCUAAAAGACAUAUUUAUAUACCGUAUGUAUACACAGCACGUGCAUAUUUAUAAGAUAUAGUGUCCUCCUCUAGAUGGCACCAUGCGCUCAGUGACAAAAGGCCACAUCGGCGCACUGAUGGAGGCACGCUGACUGCAAAAAGACCACAAUUCACACAAGUGCACUUCAUCAGCCACUCACGUUUUUUAUUUUUGUUAAAAUAAUCUGAAAAUUUGACAGCUUUGAAUACUGAAAUAAAAGGCAAUGAGAACAUGCAUGUCAUGUCGCCAUGUGUUUUCAAUCCCCACACAAAACACAUGCAGUGGAUUGAACUGGUAGAAAUGUAGAAAAUCAUAGCUGUGCUACUGAAACGAGCGCCACUUCACGGUGGCCUUUUCUCACAACACAUUUCUCAUCAAAACACAGGAAGUUGAACUUUUUCGAGGAGAUAUACUGUAUAUAUACUGUAUAGCACAUUUUUAGACACAAAUCCUUUCUCUACAGCAUUUUUUAAGCUUGCAGCUGAGUGCCUGUUUUGGUAAUGAAAUGUAUUGAUAAUAAAGUUUUACGAAACCAGAAGUUGUGUUGUUGUGUUACUUGAAAUGCAUUUUUGCAUUUGUGCUUAAUAAUGUCCCGCUAAUGUGGACUUGCGGCACAUCGGCUAUGAAAAGGUCAGAUUGUUACCUCAAAAGUACGCUGGCCGACGCCGGCAAACACGCAGAAACACGAAA